CAUGAGCAUGACGUAACUAAACGCCCCGCCCCCUACAAGAGCCUUUAUAAACUCCGGCGCUCUCCACCCUGUCACAGCAGUCUGUUCUCUAUAGGCAAGAUGCUUCCUCCUGGUGUAGUUGCAAAAAUCUCACCUGUACAUCAUACACAAGCCAGCAGAUGCCAUCCGAUAGGACCCGGUGCACAACUCACUGGAUGUCCUGUAAUAUGGAGACCAUGGACUCUUACUAUGUCAGACACUCAGCCUAAAAAAAAAGCUGCUGGAUCCAAGCAGGUGUCUGACAUGCAAGGCUUUCAUCAUCCAGUGAGGCUGUUCAUGCCCAGAUCUAAAAUCCAGGACUAUCUGUCUCACCUGGGGAAGAAAGUUCUUGCCAGCUUUCCUGUUCAAGCCACUCUACACUUCUAUAAUGAUGACUCCAGCUCUGAAGAGGAGGAUGAGGAUGAAGACGAAACCGAGACUUUUCAGUUUUCAGGUUCCUGUAAAACGAACCACAUAAAGGAAGGAUGCUUGAUGCAUGGACUAUAGAUGAUGAUAUUUGACAAAGCUCCGAACAGCCAGUGGUUAGUGAUCAGUAGUUUUUUGUGAUCCUAAUUACCAGCCAGAAUUUCUGUUAUGUUUGGCCUGAAGAAUGUGCUUUGGAGAGCAGCAGGCUGUUUAUUCACAUAAGUAUAUUUCUACACUAAAGUGCAUUUUCAGUGAAAAGAGGAUUAUUUAUUUGUUUAUUUAUUAUUUAUUAUUUAUUACAGAAUCUCUAGCAAAUGUAAUCUGGAGUGAACACAGCUGGGUUGUACUGAGUUGUAUAGCUGUACUGUUUGCUGGAUUGGGCGGUGGAGAUCCAGCAAACUUCACUCCUGUUGCUGCUGUUUUGGAAACAAACUUAUGAAAGAACAGGAGAUCAUGGUAGCCGGUCUCAGGAAGCAGGAAUGGUGCACGGAUACACAGCGGAACUGAGUCACGGAGAUAUGCAGCACUGGUACUGUUUACUUAAAUAAAGCAUAAACACACCUUUAACCUGAGCUAGUCUCAGACCUACUCCAUCACAUUCUCCUUCCUCCGGAGUGCAGAUGAUUAUAUUUAAUAUCACAUACUGCAUUUUCUUAAAUCAAAUUUGAUUAUAAAUGUCUUAAUAGAGUUGUUA